CGUAACUUCCAUCAUCCGAUUCGCGCCACUAGGUAAAGUGAGAAAAUUAUAAACGGCCCAUUCUUCCUCUCCCCUUUUCCAAGACUCUUUCUCGGACGCCGAACUCUUUCUGCAUCUCCACAACUCGAUUCUCUUUCGAUUCUCUGCCAUGACCGACGGCCACCUUUUCAACAAUGUUUCUCUCGGAGGUCGUGGAGGCACUAAUCUGGGGCAGCUUAAGGUAUAUUCAGGAGGGAUUUUAUGGAAGAAACAAGGAGGUGGUAAGGCAAUCGAAGUUGAUAAAGCCGACAUCAUGGGGGUGACAUGGAUGAAGGUCCCUAGGACAAAUCAACUAGGUGUUCGGAUCAAAGAUGGGUUAUACUAUAAGUUCACUGGGUUCCGAGACCAGGAUGUCACUAGUUUGACCAAUUUCUUUCAAAAAAAUUGUGGUAUAACACCGGAAGAGAAGCAACUUUCUGUCAGUGGUCUUAACUGGGGAGAAGUUGAUUUAAAUGAUAAUAUGCUGACAUUUUUGGUAGGUUCAAAGCAAGCAUUUGAGGUAUCUCUCGCAGAUGUCUCACAAACUCAGCUUCAAGGGAAAAAUGAUGUACUCUUAGAGUUCCAUGUGGAUGAUACAACUGGAGCUAAUGAGAAAGAUUCAUUGAUGGAGAUAAGUUUUCAUAUACCUAAUUCUAACACCCAAUUUGUUGGUGAUGAGAAUCAUCCUCCUGCUCAGGUUUUCCGUGACAAAAUCAUGUCAAUGGCUGAUGUUGGUGCUGGAGGCGAAGAAGCUGUGGUUACCUUUGAGGGCAUUGCAAUCCUCACGCCAAGGGGUCGUUACAAUGUUGAACUUCAUCUUUCGUUCUUACGGCUUCAAGGACAGGCUAAUGAUUUCAAGAUUCAAUACAGCAGUGUUGUUCGUCUGUUUUUACUUCCUAAGUUUAACCAGCCACAUACCUUCGUUGUUGUUACUCUUGAUCCACCAAUCCGUAAAGGGCAAACUUUGUACCCACAUAUUGUGUUGCAGUUUGAAACUGACUAUGUAGUUGAUAGCACCCUGUCAAUAAGUGAAGAUCUUUUGAACACCAAAUACAAAGACAAGUUAGAACCAUCAUAUAAGGGACUUAUUCAUGAAGUGUUCACCACAGUAUUGCGUGGCUUGUCUGGUGCCAAAGUUACUAAACCAGGAAAAUUCCGUAGCUGUCAAGAUGGUUAUGCAGUGAAGUCAUCAUUGAAGGCUGAAGAUGGAGUCUUGUAUCCCCUUGAAAAGAGUUUCUUCUUUCUUCCCAAACCUCCUACACUCAUUCUUCAUGAAGAGAUUGAGUAUGUUGAAUUUGAGAGGCAUACUGCUGGCGGCUCAAAUAUGCAUUACUUCGAUCUUCUUAUAAGGCUGAGAACUGAGCAAGAGCAUCUAUUUCGGAACAUCCAGAGGAAUGAAUACCAUAAUCUUUUUGAUUUCAUCAGUGGGAAGGGAUUGAAAAUUAUGAACCUGGGAGAUAUUCGAACCACCGAUGGCAUGGCACGUGUUCUUCAGGAUGAAGAAGAUGAUGCUGUUGACCCACAUCUUGAGCGAAUUAAGAAUCAAGCUGGUGGAGAUGAGAGUGAUGAAGAGGAUGAAGAUUUUGUUGUUGACAAAGAUGAUGGAGGUUCUCCAACUGAUGAUUCUGGAGGGGAGGAAUCUGAUGCUAGUGACAGUGGAGAUGAGAAAGAGAAGCCUGCAAAAAAGGAAAUCAGAAAAGAGACUUCAUCUUCCAAAGCAACUUCUAAGAAAAAAUCUAGAGAUGGAGAUGAAGAUGGUUCUAAAAAGAAGAAACAGAAAAAGAAAAAGGAUCCGAAUGCACCAAAGAGGGCAAUGACAGGUUUCAUGUUCUUCUCACAAAUGGAAAGAGAGAAUGUAAGGAAAAGCAAUCCUGGAAUUCAGUUUACGGAGGUGGGGAGAGUACUUGGAGAUAAGUGGAAAAAGAUGACUGCGGAGGAGAAAGAACCAUAUGAAGCAAAGGCUCUUCAAGACAAAAAGCGAUACCAGGUGGAAAUCAGUGGCUACAAGAACCCGCAAUUGGUGGAUAUAGAUUCUGGGAAUCAGUCUGAUAGCGCAUAGAUUAGAUAGUGAAUUCUAAUCGCAAUUUUUGUCCGACUGUUGUAUCAAUCGGCUCAUUUAUAAGAUUAGUACUGUAUACUUUUUUGCGUCCCUGACCAUGUAUCUAUGCCCAAUAUAUUGUCAGAAGUUUCUCCCUUGUUUCCUUGAUUGGCUAAAUGGAGUAUUGAACUCCACUUCCAGUUGAGUGCCUGGAGAACAAAGGCCUCGAUUGUUUUCGCACAUGAGAUGAGAUGAGUUGAGAUAAAUAUUAAAAGUUGAAUAAAAUAUUGUUAGAAUA